CGCGGCCGCCGCGGGCCCGGGGAUGGGCGGAGCCCCAGCCGCCAGAGCUGGUGGCCGCCGCCGCCGCUGCCGGAGCCGGAGCCCGAGCGGCGCCUCUGCUCGCGCGCGGCGCGGCGUCCUAGGGCGGCGGCAUGCUGGGGAAAGGGGUCGUCGGCGCGGGCGGCGGCACCAGGGCGCCCAAGCCCUCCUUCGUGUCGUACGUGCGCCCGGAGGAAAUUCACACAAAUGAAAAGGAAGUAGCAGAGAAGGAAGUAACUCUUCACUUGUUGCCAGGUGAACAGCUGCUUUGUGAAGCCAGCACAGUACUGAAGUGUGUCCAGGAAGAUUCCUGUCAGCGUGGCAUCUAUGGGAAACUGGUCUGCACAAACUUUAAGAUUGCUUUCCUGGGCAAUGACGAAACUGCGUUGGACAGUGAUGAAACCCAAUUUAAGAAUAAGGUUAUAGGAGAGAAUGACAUUACACUCCAUUGUGUUGACCAGAUUUAUGGAGUGUUUGAUGAGAAAAAAAAAGCACUCUCUGGACAACUGAAGAAAUACCCUGAGAAAUUGAUCAUCCAUUGCAAAGACCUCCGUGUAUUCCACUUUUGUCUGAGGUUCACAAAAGAAGAAGAAGUCAAAAGGAUUGUGAGUGGCAUAAUUCAUCAUACCCAGUCGUCUAAACUGCUUAAACGAUUGUUUCUGUUUUCUUAUGCAACCGCUGCACAAAAUAAUACAGCCACUGAUCCCAAGAACCAUACUGUAAUGUUUGACACGCUUAAAGACUGGUGCUGGGAAUUGGAGCGGACCAGAGGCCACAUGAAGUAUAAAGCUGUCAGUGUCAAUGAAGGCUACAGAGUCUGUGAAAGGUUGCCAGCCCACUUUGUUGUCCCCAGCCCUCUUCCCGAAGAGGACGUUCCACGCUUUCAGGGUCACGGCAUACCAAUAUGGUGUUGGUCCUGCCACAAUGGAUGUGCCCUUUUGAAAAUGUCAGCAUUGCCCAAAGAACAGGAUGAUGGUGUUCUACAAAUCCAAAAGAGCUUCUUGGAUGGAAUUUACAAGACCAUUCACAGGCCACCCUAUGAAAUUGUUAAAACUGAAGACCUAUCAAGCAACUUCCUAUCCCUGCAGGAAAUCCAGACUGCAUACUCGAAAUUUAAACAGCUCUUUCUGAUAGACAAUAGUACCGAAUUUUGGGACACAGAUAUAAAGUGGUUUUCUCUGUUGGAAAGUAGCAAUUGGCUUGAUAUAAUCAGACGCUGCCUGAAAAAAGCAAUAGAGGUUACAGAAUGUCUAGAAGCACAAAACGUGAACAUUCUUCUUUUAGAGGAGACCGCGUCCGACCUCUGCUGCUUACUCUCCUCUCUGGUGCAAGUGAUGAUGGAUCCCCACUGCAGAACCAGGGUCGGCUUCCAGAGCCUCAUCCAGAAGGAGUGGAUCAUGGGCGGGCACUGUUUCCUGGAUCGCUGCAACCAUCUGCGUCAGAGUGACAAAGAGGAGGUUCCUGUGUUCCUGCUGUUCUUAGACUGUGUCUGGCAGCUGGUGCACCAGCAUCCCCCAGCAUUUGAAUUCACAGAGACUUAUCUGACCGUUUUAUCGGAUAGCCUAUACAUACCUAUUUUUAGCACCUUCUUCUUCAAUUCGCCUCAUCAAAAAGAUACUAACGUGGGCAGGGACAGCCUGGAUGUACAAAGCCAGCCCUUGAAUCUGCUCGCCGUGUGGGAUUGGUCUGUACAGUUUGAACCCAAGGCCCAGAUGUUGUUCACAAACCCUCUUUAUGUGGAAAAGCCAAAACUGGACAAAGGCCAGCAGAAAGGAACGCCUUGCAAACAUCAACGACAACCUUCUUUGCCACUCACCCAGUCUAAAUCAUCUCCUAAAAGAGGCUUUUUCAGAGAAGAAACAGACCAUUUGAUUAAAAACCUUCUGGGCAAGAGAAUCAGCAAACUAAUUAAUUCUUCCGAUGAGCUGCAAGACAACUUCCGGGAGUUCUAUGACAGCUGGCACAGCAAGCCUUCCGACUACCACGGCCUGUUGCUGCCUCAUAUAGAGGGGCCAGAAAUCAGAGUGUGGGCCCAGCGCUACUUGCGUUGGAUUCCAGAAGCCCAAAUCCUGGGUGGAGGCCAAGUGGCCACCAUGAGCAAACUCUUGGAGAUGAUGGAGGAAGUGCAAAGCUUACAGGAGAAGAUCAAUGAGAGACACCACAGCCAGCAGGGCCUCCAGGCAGAGGCACCCUCCGUACUGAGGAGUUCUGCCCGCUUGUCCUCUUUGUUUCCUUUCGCGUUUCUGCAGCGGCAUUCCUCCAAGCCAGUCUUGCCCAUCAGUGGUUGGAAAGCUCUGGGAGAUGAAGAAGAUUUAGCCAAACGAGAAGAUGAGUUUGUAGAUCUAGGAGACGUGUGACUUUUCCGUUCAGUGAUGGCACGAGAAGAAUAUUGGCGAUCUGGACGGGAGUCGGACGUAUAUGGGCAUUUCUCGCUGAAGCUUACUGUUUGGGGGGAGGCCAUUUAGUCAGUGCUCUGAAGAGUGCACCUGGGCCUUCAGGAAAAGAGCUGGUUCUCAGUGUUUUCUCAUGGUCUUGAAAGACUAUGCAAUUAAAACCGUAUCUCUAGUAUUAUUGACAGGCAUUACUACUUGACCCAUGAUGGAAUUGUAGCCGUUGUCUGAUGCUUAAGUAUUGUAUAGAGCCAGCAAAGGCUGGUUAACUACUAGAAAGGACUUUGAUAAGCUAGCUAUUCUUGGACUCAGUACUUUCUUCAGAUCCUGUCUGUGCCAAGAAAAUUCAUCCAGUCAUUGGGAUAGCAAGUGUCCCUAUAACCCACCGCAGACUGGAGAAAGUUCCGCCUUACGUGAGUGUCUGGUGAAUUGAACGAUACAAGUAGAGGUAUUUGAGGCAUAUGGCGUUCCUUUAAACAACCAAUAGCAUUUUUCCUUUCUACGUCCUUUUGCCUGUAGAAAAGCUGGGGAAUUCCUACCCUGCCACCUACCUGACAUUUCAGACCACAUUACCCCUUUCGGGGUGCUGACAGCACCUAGUUUCUCUCUGCCUGCCCUCUGCCACUCUCCACCGACCCUCAUGCUCCUGCCUUGUGCAGAGCCCCAGGAUCGUGCUGCUAAACCUGCUGGUUAAACUGGGGGAUCGCUUUGGUUUGCCCAGAGUAACUUCCUUUCUUCUGGAGGCUCUCAGUGUUGGAAAGUAAUUGCUUUGCCUUUUCUCGUAGCGUGCUGGACCCGUAGUGCCUCUGCGGCAGCCCCUCAGUUUCCCCACGUUCCCUGUCCCCUUACAGCUUGUUGAGUAGGAUCGCUUCUGAACGUGACCUUCAUAGGGAAGCCGUCCAGCAUAAGUAUCAGAAAUGGCGAUGAUCAUACAGUACCUCAGCAAUUUAAAAAGCCAUAGAAACUUGACAAUGCCUGGUUACCUUCUUGGAUCUGCUGUGUAAAUGAUAUAUAUUUUUAAAUGCAGGAAAGUACACUUUGUAAAGACCAGUUUUUUUCAUUCUCAGUGGAACCCUGUUAAAUCCUCCAAAAGGGAGGGAAAGAAAAUUUCCUGCUAGGAUAUUUCAAAUGAAAUGUUUGCCUUUUACAUGCCUUUGCUCACCAGUAGAGAUUCUGAUUGAAUAUCAUAUGUUUGGAAAAACUUUCAAUUGCUCAAGGACAAUAAGAAAUUUUACAACUGUCGACAAAGAAGAGUAUCUCCCUUUGCACUGAAUCAUCUUUCAUACCUAUGAGACAUGGUUUUGCUCUUCUCCCCACUCCUUGCUGACACGUGAGCCGGGUUGGUCUGUUGAGACCACAGAGGGUGAGGGGAGGGCACGGUUCUUGCAUCUUGGGGCCAGAAGUGUGUCCAGUUUCGGUUGCCUUACGAGUCUUAGUAGUGAGGUCAGUCAGUGUUAGGCUUGCAGUGGGGAUUUUUCAAAUACACUAGUUCAUUUGCUACCUUCCCAUGUGUCCUGCGGGCCUUCGUACGCUAGCACUCACCGCCACUGACUGCUCAGCCCUGCUGCCUCCCAAAUACACAUGGAGCUGACUAUUUUUGUUACCAUCUUACAACGUGAAUGUUUAUACAUUAACCUCUUCAGUCUUAGGAUCUUAGUUAUUUUCAUUCCAAAAAUGCCCGGUGUGAUGCUUUACACUCCACAAAGGAUGGUUUAAAGGCACAAGGUCAUGGCCCUUGUCAUAACAGUUGAAUGUGCAUUGAAAUAUUUUUCUAUGAUUUUUUAAAAAUUAAAAUAGAAAAGUAAGUAAGCUGUUGUAACAUGUAAGGUCAUGACAAUUUAUGUAUUUAUAUUUGAAAUCAGAUUUCUAUAAACUUGUAUUUGUGUUUAAAAUUUUCCGUGGGUUUAUAUAUUGUGACAUUUUUAUUCAAGAUUGAGAUGUGGAUAUGUUUAACAGUAAAAGCUGAAACGCCACCAUAUACUUAAAAUGUUGCACUGUGCAAGUUUGUUUGAAAUGUACAUUAAUUUAGUGUAUAUAAUAUCCUGAGUUUGUUCAUACCUCCAAGUUUUUACACUGAAGAUAAAUUAGCUUUAAUUACAUAUGAGACUUUUUUUUUUUUUUUUUUAAGAAACUGUUGGGCUAAAUCUGUAUAAAUGUGCUUUUUAUUUUCCGGAUGUACAAUGAAAGUUUAUACUUGUAUCUCACUGCAUCAUAUCUGAUUGCAGAAAUUAAAGCACAAUUUAUAAGU